CCUUAACCCCCCCACACCCCCCUUCUCUCUCUCUUCAGUCUUCAAAGAUUGAGUGAGAGAGUCAAAAGCCUUAUAUAAUCCCCACCUUAACUUCUCCAAAGGCCGGCCUUGAUGCUCUAGGUAGCACCACCCAAGAGGCCUUAUUAUAAAACACAACAACAAUACCUUUUGUUGUCUAAAACCAACAGAGCGAAAGGAAAAAAAAAAAAAAAAGGAAACCCAAAACUUCAAGAAGAAAAAGGAAGAAGAUUUGUGAUUUUGGUAAAAAAGUGGAUAUUUGAUACGCCCAAGAAAAUGGGAAGGUCACCAUGCUGCGAGAAAGCUCAUACGAACAAAGGGGCGUGGACUAAAGAAGAAGAUGAUCGGCUCAUUGCGUACAUCCGGGCUCACGGCGAAGGCUGCUGGAGAUCACUCCCCAAGGCCGCCGGGCUGCUGAGGUGCGGCAAGAGUUGCCGGCUCCGGUGGAUCAAUUACUUGAGACCCGACCUUAAACGUGGCAACUUCACCGAGGAAGAAGACGAGCUCAUCAUUAAACUCCACAGCCUCCUCGGCAACAAGUGGUCGCUGAUAGCGGGAAGAUUGCCAGGAAGAACAGACAAUGAGAUAAAGAACUACUGGAAUACCCACAUCCGAAGGAAGCUGUUGAGCCGCGGAAUCGAUCCCACAACUCAUCGCCCCAUCCUCAACCAUACUCAUAAUAAUAAUAAUAAUGCCCCAUCCUCCACAGAUGUUAAACCUUGUAAUAAUAAUAAUAGUAUUCCUUCUUCAGCUGCCCAACAACUACAAGAAGAUCAUCAUCCUCAUCAUCAUCAAGCCGUCAAAACCAUUUGUUUCAGCAACAACAACACCAACAACAACGAAGAAAGAAAACCAGAAGUAGUGAUGAAAAGAGAAGAAAUCAUCAUCCCCUUUGACUAUCACCAGCCACGAGAAAUGUUAGUAAGACCCUCGUCGUCCUCGUCGUCGUCAUCGUGUAGUGAUACAACUGCAACUCCUGAUGAAUUGAAUCUAGAGCUCAAGAUCAGCCCGCCUUGCAAUUUCCAAGAAAAGGUCAACAUUGUUCGACACCAACAAGAUUUUAUGAUGCUUCAAGGAAUGCCAUCAUCAAGAAGUAGUACUAGUACUACUAUGUGUUUUUCAUGCAGCUUGGGGAUCCAAAACGGCAAAGAUUGUGCUUGUCAUCAUCAUCCUCAUCCUAUUCAUUAUCCCGGCACCAACAAGAUUAAUCAUGGGUAUGAUUUCUUGGGGUUAAAGUCCAACAACACUGUUUUAAAUUUGGAUUUCAGAAGCUUGGAGAUGAAGUAAAAAAAGAAAAAAAAAAAUUAUUGAUUGAUUGCAAAUAUAGGAGAGAAAAUUUAUGAGAGAAACUACGAAGAGUGGUGGUGGUGGACUUUUUUUAAUUCAUCCAGUCUUUUCUGAUUUCUCUCUCUCUUUUUUCUUUUUCUUUUCUUGCUUUUGAUUUUGUAAAAUUUUUAAUUAAUUAGCGAAAAUUAAGAAACCCUGCAGAUCAUCAGUCCUUAACUAAUAUAUAGCAUUUAAUUAAUGGGAAAGGUAUUGUUAGAUUUGUGUAUUCUUUUGUGAUAAUUGACAACAGUUUUGACAUUUUGGCUAGUUAAUUUCAUCUUAUUUAUGGCUCAGUUUUGAUGAUUUGCUUAAUCAUGAACUUUUUGGUAAGUAACACAUACAAACGGGAACAUGAGAUUUGUUGAGAUUAAAACUUUGACCGACGAAGG